UCAGAAGAAGUGGUCACUUUCAAAGAUGCCAAUGUGAAGCAGGAGACGAGAAGAUGCAGUCGGUCUGUUUUCUCUGUCGCAGUGCCAGGAGGUGUAGGGUUUCACAGGCACGUGUAGGAGGGGCAUACCCUGCUGGUCUAGACUCUGGAGAAGUCUAGUUUUGUUGUUGACGCACUUUCUUCAGGUGUUGCUUUCUUCUGUCCAUUGAUGCACACACAUCACCGUGUUGCAGCCUACCAUCUUUUCUCCCAGCUUUCGAGGCGAAGUUGGACAAGACAGACAAAGACAUGUUGCUGCUGUUUCUGAGUUCUGCUGUCUUCUUCAUGCCCAGUGCAUGGGGCCAGAGCAGCAGCAGUCUAGGUGUGGUGGUGGAGGCCCGCAACAUCACCCUCCCAGCCGGGACCCUGGCGGUACUGCCCUGCAACAGCCCCCGCAUGGUGUGGACCCGGGACCGCCUGAAGGACCGCCAGAGGGUGGUCCACUGGGACCUGGUCCGGAGCAUACCGGAGUACUCUGUGGAGAGGAUACUGGACAUGUCCCCCGGGGUCAAAGAGAGAGUCUACAAUGGGUUCAACAAGGGCCGCAUAACCAUCCCCAAAACCGCCUUCACUGACGGGAACUUCUCCCUCGUCAUCAACAAUGUGGGAGCAGCUGACCGAGGUGUUUAUAGUUGUAACCUGCACCACCACUACUGCCAGCUGCACCAAUCCAUCAAGAUACAACUCAACACCACCAAGUCAGCCCGUAAGGAGAAACGGUACUGGGACGGGGACAAGACAGUGUUUGUGGUGUUGCUGGGGAGCUCGGUGGUGUUGCCGUGUGUGAACCGGCGGCCCCUGUGGACGGAGGGCCAGCAGGAGGACCAGCAGCAGGUAGCCCACUGGGACUGGCAGCCCCCUGGGGUGAGACCUGAUUUGGCUGACCGCCUGGUGGACCUGUACGCUUCCGGAGAGCGCAGACAGUAUGGACCGCUCUUCCCUGUGGAUAAGAUGAGUGUUUCUGAGGAUGCCUUCUCUGUAGGGGACUUCUCUCUGACCAUCUCUAACCUGCAGCCCAUCGACAAGGGCCUGUACUCCUGCCACCUGCACCACCACUACUGUGGCCUGCACGAGAGACGCAUCUUCAGACUCAUGGUGGGGCCUCCACUCCCCCCGCCUCCUCUGGUCCUCACUGCAGCUCCUGCUGUCCCCGCUGUCCCCCACGCACUCCCCAAUGACGACCCAAGCCACAACGUGGUUGAACUUGAGAGGCCACGAGUCGUCAACGUCAUCCUCCCUGAGCACCGAGGGCACUUCUUCCAGCAGCUGGGUUACAUCCUGGCUACCUUCUUCCUCCUAGCCUUCAUCAUCACAAUCGUCACUGUGCUUACCCGACGACGCAGAAAGAGAGGGCUGGAGUAUGACCUGCAAAGAUCUAAACGGAGGGGUCAUGUGACUGGCCAUGAGGACAUUGCAUUGGACGCCACAGAGCUGAAGGUCUGCAACCAGGAACACCUGAAUUCAGAUUACAAAAACAACUUACUGAAAGAGAGAGAUAUGUCCAAAGACCGCAAUAAAGAAAUGGAUGGAAAGUUGUGGAAGUGAGACAGAAAUAACUGAUAUGCUGCUGGCUGGUCCAGGGCAGACGUACAGGAUAAGGAAGUAAACGAUUAUAAUGGUGGAAUUCAAAGCGGAGGGGGGGGGGGGGGGGGGGGGCUUUCUCUUUCUAUAGACACCCCCUUACCAAACUCUUACCAAAACAUUUCUAUUGCUGCGCCAGUCAACGUUUUUUGUUUUAUAUUUUCAUACUGGUAAAGUCUGUAUUAUGAUCUGCUGUGAUUUUAACAUGGCUAGAUAUGUCUUCAAUUUUGUAUUACACAGAUAUUUGAUGCCAAGUAUUUUAUAGAACAAUAACACUGUGUACUGUACAACCUUCCUUUUUGUAUGUAACAAAACACUUUCUGUCACUGUAUUCCUUUAAUUCACCCUUCAAACUUUUCAUUUUCAGAAUGCAUGGUGUCUUUUUAAUGUGUGUGGGAGAACUGUCAUGUUCCAUGUGUGAUUUCAUAGCUCAUAACGCAUUGAGUAAGUUUAUAAAAAAUAUUUCCACCAACCUUGCUGUAAUUGACUGUUAACACAUUACAUUAAGCCAACGUAUCCUUUCUGUAAAGAGUCAUAAGUAGUUUAUAACCAGGCUUUUAAUUAUUCCUUGGUAGAUUGCUUAUAAGACGUUAUCCUUACCAAGUCCAUUUGUGAUUGACGAUCAUGGACCACAAAGAAGGCUAUACAUGUAAUGGAACUCAGGAAAACAAGCCUUGAACAGAAUCCAGAUGUGUUUUUUAGGAAUGUGUGUUAGGAUAUGUACGUUUGCCUGUGAGUGAUUGUCUAUUUGUGUAAUGCAGGCUUGCAGUACACUGUACAGUUUGGAGCUGUCAAGUUGACAAGCCAACGAAUCUUGCAAUCUGGGUUAUUAGGAUUCGUGUAGAAACGGGAACGAAGAGGACUAAGUUUGUAGAAGACGUCAUAUUUUUCAAUGACUGUAAUUGGAUAAAGGGGUCCUGACACUUUCAGUUUGGAAGCUUUACUUACAAGCAAGUUAUCUGUGCAGUAGCAUGCUGGUUCAUUAUCUUCACUAAUAAAUAUUAAUUUAAAAAAACAA